CUUUUCUGGUCUUCUCAGACAAUCAGACAUCAUCAACUGAGUCAGAUCCUGGGAAGAAAACUCUACUCAGACUGCAUAUAUAGAUUAGAUUUCUCAUAGUUAUAAACAAGAAAGCAAGAACAAGAUGUUUCCAAACAAUUAUGAUAUUUCAUCUGUUCAGCCUAUUGUUGCUGCUUCUGAAGGAACCACAGUUUUUGGUGAUCAGAGGAAUGUUAGGGAAGAGCCCCGUACAUAUCUGGGAGUACAAAAGGUCACGGAUAAACCAAUCUAUAUAGGUCUAGUACGUGAGAAUGAUGCAACCAAGAGCGAGCGAACAAUAUAUCUUGGUAAAUUUGACAAGGAGGUAAAUGCAGCAAGAGCUCAUGACUUGGUGGCUCUGAAACGCGGGGGAUCCAGUGCAAAAACAAAUUUUCCAGAAAGUCACUACAAGACAGCAUUGGAGGCUAUGACGACUGAUAUGACACAAACGGAUGUUGUGGAUUCUGUCAGAAUGUUAAGUUACAGCUUUGUGAAGUUCAUAUCCAAGUAUCGUGGAGUCAUCAGAGAUUCAUCUACUGCGAAAUGGGAAGCAAUUUUUGUUACAAGCAGCGACGACAACAAAUCCCUUGGAUUAUUCGACACAGAAGAGGAAGCAGCAAGGGCAUAUGAUGUUGAAAGCAUAAGGUUGAAAGGGUACGACGCCAUUACCAACUUCAAUAUCAGGUUUUACAACGUUGAGGCCAUUUUGAAAGGAGUAACUGAUCCUGAAAAAGUAAUAUAUCAGUCACAAGACACUGUCCCUGUGGAAGCAAUGCAGCCUUUGGAAGUGCUUCAGAACAUUAUUGACCAAGGCUCCUCGAAAAUGUUGUAUGGUACUACUACUGAUACCUUCGGAAGCAAUGUAUUUCAAAGGCCAAUAUCAGGAAACACAGAAGAACAGGAAAAUUAUGUGGCCUUUGCCUCACAAGGCCGUGAAAAUGACCCUAAUAGAAAUUUGUCCUUAGUGACUGAGGGGCAACCUUUGGUCUAUGGAAGAAGUGGUGAGGACGAUGGUCAGGGAGGCUCAUCAGCCAGCAGCAUGUGUUUUGAGGAUGAACUGACCAAUGCUUAUAAAAAAUUCAUAAAGAGGAGUUAAGUUUAUAACCUCCUAGACCAAGUUGAUGAUGUUAUAUGGAGAAGUUCAGAAUUAUGGCUGUGAAUUAGUUAGUUAAUUCUCUGGAUUGGAUUUUUACCUUAAUUUCAAUAUGUUGAACAGGUUUCACUGUCAAACAAUUUAUAGUCCAUUGGUUGAAGUUAAACAUUAUUAUAGCACCGUAGCUGUGGUGCAAAUGCAUGCUCUUUUUCUAUGUUAGCUUGAACAUUAUACUUU